AUGACGAAAUUUGCUCUAAUUUUUGCCUUGCUUUUAAUUUGUAAUUUUGGAAAGAAAACCAUAUAUGACAGACUACAUGGAACACACAUAGAGGAGGAAUUCGAAAAUGAAGUCGUUACGGAAAUUACUAUGUACGAUGAGGAAGACCCUAAAUUGAAAUAUGAGAAAAUGAUGAAUACAUUUAUGAGAUUAAAUGAGACCGAAGUAAUCGGUUGUAGAAAAACAGAUCAUCAUGAAUUCUUUGGAAUGUUUUUUUAAAAUGCUGGAAGGAUUGGAAAUGGUGGGUAGAAUGAUAUUAAUUUGAUCAAAUAUGAGGAUGAUUGCUACGAGUCAAUGAGUGUAUCAUAUGAUACAAAUGACAAAGAAAAUCGUGUGAGGGUUACAUUCACUCCAGGAAAAUACAAGAAUAGCUAACAAUGUUCAGAAUUCUAUUUGAUUGGAACAACCUUGAAUUACAAUAUUGUCAACAUUAAAGAUUAAAAGGAACACACAGUCUAUUUUAAUUUUAGAAAUCAAAAAUAAGUUGAAGCCUUUAAGUAUUCAGGUGCUUACAUCUUCAGAACUUGUGAUUAUUUGGAAAAUUGGUUUGGUGAUCUUUUGAUGACCUUAGAAUUAUUUUUUGGUGGAUUUUCAAGUAAUCCAUAUUUAGGUCCAAUCUUCGGAAGUCAACCACCUGAUUGGAUGGUAAGAUCAAAUAUAGAAUUGAUAGAAAGAGCAACUGGUUAUAGAUGGUAAGAAAGACCUAAUGUGGUUGUGGAUUUAAAGGCUAGUGAAAUACAAAGUGGAGAUUUUCUAGCUGUAACUAGAUUUGAUGGAUUAGAUUAAAUUAUAGAAUGGGGAACUGGAGGUAGAAUUGGACACAGCGCUAUGAUCUUUGAAAUUGAUGGUGAAAAAUACGUCAUUGAAUCAUAAGAUGCUUGGUAUUGGCCAACAAAAAAAAUACAAAAGACUAAAUGGGAAGAUUGGAAAGUCUAUGCUAAGAAUGCUGGAUUUAAUGUUGCUGUUUUACCAUUGAGUCCAGAAAAAAGAGCAUAAUGGGAUUAAGAAGGUGCUUUGGCUUAUUGGAAAAAGAUGGAAGGAUAACCAUAUGGAUAUCACACAUUUUUAUUCGGUUGGAUUGAUACUCCAACUGACAAUUAUCCAAAACCAUUGAGUGCAGAAUUUGCCACUUAUAUGUUUUCUUUCUUUGAAAAAAUAGCACCUGGACCAAUCACUUCAUUGGUUGGAGAAGCAUUGAAUAAAAGAUUGGGCACUGAAGGAUUAUCAGUAUCAGAAGUAGCAAUAGAAGCUGCAAAACAAGGAAUAGAAUUGGCUGAAUUAUAUGCUAUGGUAGAAAGAGAUGAAUGGGUGUAUAGUGAUGGUCCAAGUCAAGCAUGUGCUGCCUUUGUAACUGGCAUGUACAAAGCUGCUGGCCUUUUCAAACCCUUCCAUAUUGAAGCACUUGAGUUUACACCAAAAGAUAUUUAUCAAUUGAAAUUCUUUGAUUCAAAUUACGAAGUUCCAAAGAAAUGUAAGAAGAAUGAUCCAGAUCUUCCCUAUUGCUAAUUGAUGGGAACUCACAGAAUUGAAUUAGAAGGAUACAAUACAGUCGAACCUUAUGAAAAUAUGAAUGAGAGAUGUCCAAGCGUUGCUCCUGAAUUCAUAAGACCUGAUGGCUGUUGAUGUCUUCAUAAAACAGAAAUUUAUUAAUAUAUUUAGAUUUUAUAUUAUA